UACGCCAUGGUUUCCCUUAUCAGCCUUCAGCCUUGGCAUUUGAUCCUGUUCAGAAAAUACUGGCUAUCGGGACUCAGACUGGAGCACUAAGGCUCUUUGGUAGGCCAGGAGUUGAAUGCUACUGCCAACAUGACAGUGGAGCUGCAGUAAUCCAGCUUCAGUUCCUGAUUAAUGAGGGAGCUCUUGUGAGUGCCUUGGCUGAUGAUACCUUACACCUGUGGAACUUGCGUCAGAAGAGACCUGCUAUACUGCAUUCACUCAAAUUUAACCGAGAACGGAUAACAUUUUGUCAUCUGCCUUUCCAAAGUAAAUGGCUAUAUGUGGGCACCGAAAGAGGAAACAUUCACAUCGUCAAUGUGGAAUCAUUUACUCUCUCAGGCUAUGUCAUCAUGUGGAAUAAAGCCAUUGAACUGUCAUCCAAAGCUCACCCAGGACCUAUUGUCCACAUUAGUGACAAUCCAAUGGAUGAAGGAAAGCUUCUGAUUGGCUAUGAAUCUGGAACAGUGGUAUUAUGGGACCUGAAGUCGAAGAAGGCAGAGUACAGAUACACACAUGAUGAGGCUAUCCACUCCGUGGCUUGGCAUCAUGAAGGAAAACAAUUUAUUUGUAGUCACUCAGAUGGUACCUUGACCAUAUGGAAUGUAAAAUCUCCUACCAAACCAUUCCAGACAAUCACUCCACAUGGAAAGCAGCUGAAGGAUGGGAAGAAGCCAGAGCCCUGCAAACCUAUACUUAAGGUGGAAUAUAAAACAGCUAGAGCUGGGGAGCCUUUCAUCAUUCUCUCAGGAGGCUUGUCAUACGACACUGUAGGAAGAAGACCCUGUUUAACAGUUAUGCAUGGGAAAAGCACUGCCGUGCUAGAAAUGGAUUAUUCUAUUGUUGAUUUUCUAACCCUCUGUGAAACACCAUAUCCUAAUGACUUUCAGGAACCAUAUGCUGUAGUUGUUCUCCUAGAAAAGGACUUAGUACUGAUUGAUCUUGCACAAAAUGGGUAUCCUAUAUUUGAGAAUCCCUAUCCUUUGACUAUACAUGAAUCUCCAGUUACCUGUUGUGAAUAUUUUGCUGAUUGUCCUGUGGACCUGAUACCUGCACUGUAUUCAGUUGGUGCUCGACAGAAGCGUCAAGGGUACAGUAAGAAGGAAUGGCCUAUUAGUGGAGGCAACUGGGGUUUGGUCACUCAGAGCUAUCCAGAGAUAAUUAUUACAGGGCAUGCUGAUGGGUCAAUCAAGUUUUGGGAUGCCUCAGCAAUAACGCUGCAAGUACUCUACAAGCUAAAAACAGCCAAAGUAUUUGAAAAAUCACGGAAUAAAGAUGACAGGCCAAACACAGAUAUAGUAGAUGAAGAUCCUUAUGCUAUCCAGAUCAUCUCAUGGUGUCCAGAAAGCAGAACGCUGUGCAUAGCUGGAGUUUCUGCACAUGUCAUUAUUUACAGGUUCAGCAAGCAGGAAGUGACAACAGAAGUCAUUCCGAUGCUGGAAGUACGUCUGCUAUAUGAAAUAAAUGAUAUUGAAACUCCAGACGGUGAGCAGGUGCCACCAGUGCCAACUCCAGGCACAGGUUCCAAUCCUCAAUCCAUUGUUUCCCAGUCUCAUCCAUCUACUAGUAGCAGUUCGUCUGAUGGACUUCGUGAUAAUGUCCCAUGUUUAAAAGUUAAAAAUUCUCCUCUUAAGCAGUCUCCUGGCUACCAAAUUGAGCUAGUUAUCCAGCUAGUGUGGGUGAGUGGAGAACCUCCUCAACAGAUAACCAGCUUAGCAGUCAACUCAGCGUAUGGCCUAGUAGUUUUUGGAAACUGUAAUGGCAUUGCCAUGGUUGAUUACCUCCAGAAGACAGUGCUGUUGAAUCUAGGCACUAUUGAACUGUAUGGCUCCAAUGAUCCUUAUCGCAGGGAGCCACGUUCUCCCCGAAAAGCUCGGCAACCAUCUGGAGGUCUCUGUGAUAUUAAUGAAGGUACAGUGGUGCCAGAAGACCGCUGCAAGUCACCCACAUCAGGUUCUGGUUCACCAAACAAUUCUGAUGAUGAACAAAAAAUGAAUAAUUUUAUAGAAAAGGUGAAGACCAAAAGCAGAAAGUUUUCCAAGAUGGUAACCAAUGACAUAG